AUGACCCAGGCUAUUUGCGAGCUGGGAACAGAACACGGCUACACACUUUUUAUUAUUUCCGAAACAGGAAGGACACAAACCGAUUUCUUCUUGGCCAGGAUCGAUGACAGCGAUGGGGAGUUUCUCUUGAUAGAAGCAGCGGAUUUUCUCCCAAAGUGGCUGAAUCCUGAGAACAGUGACAACAGGGUGUUCUUUUACAAAGGAGAACUGCACAUCAUUCCGCUGUCAGAGGCUCACGAGCAGGUCUCUGCUGCUAGUCCAACAAUCUCGCAGGCGUUAGCGCUGUUAUCGGCCCGUUCAGCGGAGUUCCUGGCUGCAGAACCCAUCAGAACAGCAGUGUAUAAACGCAUCAGUGGGUAUCCUGAGAAAAUUCAGGCCUCGUUCCACCGAGCCCACUGCUACCUUCCAGCAGGUAUUGUGGCAGUGCUGAGGCAGCGCCCUUCAUUGGUGGCUGCAGCAGUCCAGGCCUUUUACCUGCGAGAUCCUGUAGAUUUACGAGCAUGUCGCUCUUUUCAAACUUUCCCUCCAGACGAGCGUGUGAUGACUGUAGUUACUUUCACAAAGUGUUUGUAUGCACAACUGGUGCAGCAGAAGUUUCUUCCGGACAGACGCAGUGGAUACACACUACCCCUCCCAUCUCACCCACAAUACAAAGCCUAUGAACUGGGCAUGAAACUGGCUCAUGGCUUUGAAAUUUUGUGCUCCAAGUGCAGUGAAGUAUCUCCUGAUUCCAAGAGAAAUGUGUUACGCAGUCCCCUGUGGGAGAGAUUCCUCAGCAGCCUGAAGGAAAAGCAUUAUUUUAAGGGAGAAAUGGAGGGAUCUGCUAAGUAUAUGGAACUGUUGCAUAUGGCAGAAGAUUACUUCGAGCAAUCUGUUGCCAAGCCAGAAAGCUCUGUUGAAUUGAGCCCAGGUGAUGAAAUCUUGACAUUGCUACAGACAACCACCAUUGAUUUGAAGGAAUUUGAGAGAGAAGCAGCUUGUCUUCCUCCAGAGGAUGAUGACAGUUGGCUGGAGAUUACACCAGAUGAUCUAGAUCAGAUGCUGAAGGAGGCAAGAAGUGAGUCCCUUCCUGCCUCAGAUGAGGAAGAGCAGAAAUAUGACUUGGAAGCAGUUGCUGAAAGUGUGAAGGCUUUUGUAUCCAAAGUCUCAACGCAUGAAGGAGCAGAAAUGCCAUGGUCACCUGAUGAAUCCCCUGUUACCUUUGAUGUAGAUUCUUUUACAAAAGCGUUAGACAGAAUUUUAGGGGCAGACUCGGAAGAGCUGGAUUCUGAUGAUUUGGAUGAAGAGGAGGAGUUUGAUUUCUCAGAUGAGGAUGAUGAUGACUUAGAUGCCGAAAAUCAAAGGCAAGAUCAGAAGCUAUCGCCUAAUGAGCUUAUAGGCAGUCUCAAGUCCUAUAUGAAUGAGAUGGACCGUGAACUGGCACAUACCAAUGUUGGUAAAAGUUUCACCACCCAAAAGAAAGGGGCAAGUUCUGUUAAUGCAAAUACGUCUCAAAAUGCUGGCCCUAAUUCUGGAGCUGAAGAUACUGAGCUAACACCAGUUGAUGUGGAUAUGAACCUAGUAGCUAACCUGCUUGAAUCCUAUAGUGCUCAGUCUGGACUGGCAGGACCCACCUCUAACAUUUUACAGAGCAUGGGAGUGUAUUUACCUGAAAAUGCAGAUCAUAUUGGCUCUAAUAAGGGAGCAACAGAAUAA